UCCACAAACACCAGCCCAGGCUGGAUCCCUCCUCUGGUCAGUGUUGUUUGCUCUCAGCACAACUUCUGAGGGACAGAAAGAGAGGAAAAAGCAUGAGGCAGCAGCCAGCAGCAGAAGAGAAAGAGGAAGGAGGCAUUUUUAGGACGUAGUUUCCCCUCUACCCUGCUCUCCUAUGGCUGCCGAACUUGCUGCUUUUCCCUGAAAAGACCAGACACUCUCUUCUCCCAGACUGCGAAACAGAAAGCAGGACCCCCUGCUGGACGUUGCACCUCAGCAGAGGCUGACCUCAGAAAGCCAGCAGGGCCCGGGGGCCAUGCCCCUCAUCCCGUGGCUCCGGUGGAACGAGGCCCCACCACGGCUGUCAGCUCGGAACCCGGCUGAGAUGGUGCUGGAGACCCUCAUGAUGGAGCUGGCAGGGCAGAUGCGAGAGGCUGAGAGGCAGCAGCGGGAGCGCAGCAAUGCAGUCAGGAAGAUCUGCACCGGAGUGGACUACAGCUGGCUGGCCAGCACGCCCCGGCCCACCUAUGACCUCAGCCCUGGGGAGCGGCUGCAGCUAGAGGAUGUCUGUGCCAAGAUCCACCCGUCCUACUGUGGGCCCGCCAUCCUCAGGUUCCGGCAGCUGAUGGCGGAGCUGGAGCCCGAGGUGCAGGAGGUGGCCCGGCUCUUCCGCUCCGUGCUGCAGGAAGUGCUGGAGAGGAUGAAGCAGGAGGAGGAGGCCCACAAGCUGACGCGGCAGUGGAGCCUGCGGCCCCGCGGCAGCCUGGGCACCUUCAAGACCCGCGCGCGCAUCUCCCCCUUCGCCAGCGACAUCCGGACCAUCUCGGAGGACGUGGAGCGGGACACGCCGCCGCCGCCCCGGGCCUGGAGCAUGCCCGAGUUCCGGGCGCCCAAAGAGGACUGAGCCGCCCGCCCCCGCCCAGGAGCCGAGCCGCCUGUGGGAGGGCAGGAUAGGCCGGUGACGGGUCCCCGGUCCUGGAACCUCCCCACUCGGCCCUGAUGAGGGGACCAAAGAGGCGGCCCCCUCCCAAGACACUCUUGCAAGAUGGAGCAACCCCUCCCCACCCACUCUCUCCCAGUGGCCACCAGGCCGAGAGUCAGGGCUUAGAGAUGCAGCCUGAUCACCUCCCUUUCCUGCUCAGGUGGGCUGGAGCAGCCCCUCCGCUGCUGCACAGAGAUUCAGGGUCUUGGCAGACAGACCACAGCCCCACCCCUGUCUUCUGUAUCUGUCUGGAAGGGAAAGUGUUGCUCUGUCUCUUUGCCAAGACCUGGGUUCUCACUCCAACUUCAGAGAUGUCCCAUUCACCCCUUCUCCCUGGAUAAUGAUGAGGGACCUGUUGAGUAGUGUCCAUGCUCUGCUGGUGACUGGCUGUUCUUGCCACUGCAGGUGAGUCACAGCUGUAUGGGCGGGCAGAGCUGGAAGGGACCACAGAGACCACUCUCCCGGACCAGUGAAUGAGGAAGCUGAGUGAGGCUCAGAGAGGGCCAGGCUUCUUCCACCUUAAAAUGCAGCCAGAUCCCCAUGGGCAGUGAGAUUGUUCCUGCAUGCAUAGUCUCUGCCCCUGAGUCCUUGAGCCCUGGGCUAUGAUGGGACAGGUCCAAGGGCUGCGUGGCCUCCUGGCUGUGGUCUGACCCAUCACUUACCUUGCCUUGGGUGGGGGUCUAAGGUAGCUGGGGGGCCAGAGGUAGGUUGCCAUUACCCCACCCAUCAGUGUCAUCACGUGGAAGGUGGCCAGUCCCCAGCAGCUCCUUCCAGAGGCUAAACUUCAAGGCCUUCUCACUCGCUGCUCUGGAGAGCCCAGGUUUCUGAUUCCAGGGUCUCUUCUGCAUCUGUUCAUGACUGCUCUUUGGCUUUCCUCAGAGAAAAGGAAGCCCAGACCUCUAACUGACUUCAAGGCACCUGAGUGAAAUGUUUUAGAAAUGUUUCCCCUGCAAGGGGAAAAUGCAUAUAUUCUCUGACCAAGCUUAGUGAAAAAAAAUUUUUUUAAUGAUCUGGUUUUAGAUAAUUUUCAGUCAGAUGGGGACAGAGAAUCAUAGGAUGGUGGAAAACCUCUUAUGCAACACUGUCAAGAUAGAGGAGUUGAUUGGCUCAUUAACAACACUCAUAAAAGUUGAGAAUGACUAAUAAAAAUAUACACCUUAAACAUCUUACAUAUUUUAUGUGAAGACAAAGAAAAGUUCAUUCAGUUGCCAAACUUUUAUUAUAGGUCCAAGCUGUGUUCACUUUUUUGUGACAUGUAUAGGCUGUCUGAUGGGAGUUCUACACUUAAGUUUUAUUGGCUUGUGUGUACUUAAAUAAUAACAAUAAAGAACAACCAGCAUAAACAAGUUUUGAGACAAACAGAAGCCACCCUUGGUAAGCAGGCAACUGAGUUGGUAGGGGCAAAAGUGUUGGGGAGAGCUAGAAAGGAUCUAUUAGCCAUGAGCUUUCUGGGUGCCCGGGACGUGGGUCGGCAUGUUUUUCUGAGGGACUGGAGUGUCAGGGUCAACCUGGAGAGGUUCAGAGGAAGUCGGUGAAGAGAAUGUCUACUGUUUUCCUCCCCACCACCCUACAUAUACCUAUUCUCCUCACAGACAAGACCUGAGGCUUUCAGCCUCAUGCUCGUUUUUAUGUAACUGGCCACCCAUGAAAGCCUUCCCUGUUCACCUCAGUCAAGACAGACAGAAGCCACCGCGUCAGAUGCCAAUUGUCCUAUGGCAGCAAAUACCAACUGGUGGCCCUCAAACUUUUGAGGGGCCAGAAGUUGCUCCUUUGAAUUUAGGUUGUUAAAGGCAGUAAUGAUGCUUGCCUCCAUUUCUAGCUUAAAAAACCAAUAACAACCAAUAAAGGAACAAAACAGUUUGAGAGCCUCCUGUGAGUGUGUGAUAGUGGCUGGUGGCAGUUGGAGGAGACAGAUUGAGCAUGUUCAAGACUCGCCUGGCCACCUAUUUGCAUGCAGCUCGACACCACUAGAGGGAGCCAGUGGGUGUUGGACCACUCAGUGGUUACAUUUUAUUUCACUUUGUGGGUUUUUUUUUUUUACUUGUUAUUAUGAAAAUUUUCAAACACACAGAAAAGUAGAGGGAAAAGUGUAAGGAGCCCCCAUAUGCGCAUCACUAGGGCUUAAUAGUUAUUAACAUCUUGCCAUAUUUGCUUUAUGUAUUUUUUUGUGAAGUAUUUUAAAAUAAAUCCCAGACAUGACAUUUCACCCCUCAAUACUUCCGUAUGCACUGCAAAAGAAUAAGGAAAUUUUCCUACGUAACUACAGUACAAUAUUAUCACUCCUAACAAAAUUAACAUUAUUUUCCCAAUAUCAUCUAAUACCCAGUCCAUAUUCAAAUUUCUCUAUUUCCAACAAAUGAUUUUUGCAGUUUAUUUCUUUGAGGAUUUAAUCAAGCUCCACACAUUGAUAAGAAAGUUGUAAUCUGUUUAUACUUGGUCAUAUUGUGUUUAUUUAAUUCCACAAUGAGGUAUUUGUAACCUACAAUAACAGAAACCAGUUUAAGAGGCAAAGCAUUUAUCUGGAUCAAAGAAUUGCAAUUCAGGGAGCACAGAUUCAGGUAGAAACCCAAAUAAUGUCCCACUAGGGAGUAAAUGUCAGGGGCUUUUAAAGGCAAAGAAGGGAGGUUGUAUUACAAAGAAUUUUAACUGGAGUUGGAGGCAGAGAGCUAGUCUUGGCUAAACAUUGAUUGACUAUUGAUUCCAUCUUCAGAAAAUCCACAAUCCUCGGUCUUUGUGAUCAGGAUGUCCCUUCUCCUACUGACUUCUCAAACAAUUGGUUGUAAAACAAUUGCCAUUUUGGCCCAGUCCAAAGGUUUGGCCCAGUCCAAGGGUCAAGACAGCAAGGCAGUUUCUCUGGAAAGGCGGCUCCAACUCCAUUUUAAAAUGGCUCCACUAUGGUCAAUUUUGACAUAUUGUUUAAACUUAGAGUGCUUGUGGAACACUAGUGUUAAUAUGCAGUAAGUUAAUGACUGCACGUAAAUGAUAAUAAUUCUGCAAAUUAGCCUAAAGACGCUCUUUACGCAGAUCCUUAUUAUGUUCAUUUGACUAAAAUUAUUCCACAGCAACCAAGAUUCUCUAAUCCCUUGAAAAGUAAUGUUAAAAAUCAUUAGUAACAUAAUAUCUAAUUUGACUUUUCAUUUGAUGAAAAUACUCUGUGUCCAUGUGUUUUAUUUUCUGAGAUGUGCUUGCAAAUAGCAAUCUAAAACCUUCUCCUCUUUCUGGUCACUUAAAAAUAAAACAUUAAAAUUUAUCAAAAUAACUCAGGGGAAAUCUCAAGAAUUCCAUUAGUAGGUAAUAAAAAAGUUUAUGUCUAUUUUUGAUGCCAUCAUUCAACAUAUAGUGAAAUUUCAGUCUGUCUUAAUAUUCAUAUGGCUCCCCAACAAAACACAGUAUGUUAUUUCAAAAUAUACUCACCGACAAAUCAUUUUUGGACAGUUAUUUUAAAUUAAUUUAACAUCUUGCAUCAUUUAUUA